AUGCAGUAUCAUUAUCAGAACGAGGAGCCAGCUUUCACUUCUUGGCUUCAGGCCAUCUCAGAGCCUAAGACGAGGAUCUACUAUCCUUUAUCAAAGCCCAGUGACAUGUCCCGGAUCUCCUCUCACCGGCUGGGGACCGAACUGUCCGGCACAAAUUUGAUGCCCGGGCAGUCAUGCUAUCCAUCACUAUUUCGAUCAAGCGCUGAGGUUCCUUCAUUCUUCGUGUCUUAUCGGUGGUGGGAGGACGAAGCAACUACUGUGCUUUGGGCAUUUGAUGUCCAGGAAAUCCAGCGUGUUAUUCGCUAUGGGCUUUUCCGUGACGAAAACCUCCCUCGCACUGCUUUACAGAGCCGAAAUGCGUCCACCGUUGACUCAUUCCUUCUGACCCUCAUCGACGCCACAGAAAGAGUCUUUAUUGCCAACCUGUCGCACAUCCAGAAGGUCGAGGAGAUUUUGCGACGAUGCACAGUGAAUAGCCCUCCACUUGUAUCCUGGAGUUGGUUCCCCACUCAGAAAGAUCGGGCCUUGGAUCCUAGCGACAUUGCAGAGGCAAUCGAUGCUGAAAGCCAUCUCCACUUCACACGAAUCUCCUUCGAGGAAAUGGUUCGAUAUUCACUAGGAUACCAUGCUGACUCGGUCGAGUGGUUCUUUCAACAACAUACUGCUUUGUACAUCCACCUACAGAACUACCUCCACGCGUUCCCGGAUGAGGUCGAGAGGUAUCUCGCGGUUGAAAAGCAUCUUCGAAACCGGAGUCCGUUCGCCCAUCGUACUUUAGCCCAGUGUCUAAUCACCAUGAACCCAGGAAGUAGCCCCGACAUAACCUCAAAUACAGCACCCGCCUUCGAGUUUAUCGCGGGUUCCAUCCAACGUUUGUUCAAAGAGCUUCCACCUAGUCUGUCCUCCAUUUUGAAAGUGCUAUCCGUCUUGGGGGUUCGGUAUCAACGGAAGUACGUUCACGUCCGUAAUAUGAAUUGGCACCGCCAGUUCAACGUCACUUUUUCCUUCCUCGAAGACCUCAUGGGCUCGACGUCCGCUGCCGACUUCGCGCGCUCGCUAACAAACCUGGACGAGAGUCAUUUCUCAGCACUAACCCAGCAAAACCUCACCGACCAUGACGCCGUGGCAAGCCGGAUUCUAAUACAAUGGGAGCUUCUCAGUAUUGACGUCUGGGAAUCCUGCACUGCUUUGCCGCACAUGAUUGGAUACAUCCAAGAAUGCGUACAGGCUCUCCUCGACAUCCACAAUUACCAUUCUUUCACUGCUAUCCUCAGCGGCCUGCAGAAGUACAGCAUCACCGAAUCGACCUUCACCACCGCCAACACUAUCACUGGCACCGCGGCCCUUAAUCCCGUCCUUCCACCUAACCUGCUGUAUUUCUUAGAUCCGAGCCAGAAUUUCAUCGCCUACCGACAACAGUUCCAAGGGUCGCCGGGAAUCCCGUUUCUGUUCCCGCAUCUACAGGAAUAUAGAGAAUGCGGUGCACCGGCACUUCAACAGCUCUUCCAACAAUUGCGGACGGCUCUCACUCCAAGGGGGUGA